CAUGACGCCGGUGACGUAGGCGACGUCACGCCGCCGCGGGCCGGACCCUCGACGUCCUGACGUCACAGGUCACGUCAGACGGCCACAGAGCGAAAUUCAUUCGUGGGAAACGGAGGCGACGGCAGUUUAACGGCAACAUAUCAAAGCUUCUUUCUUUCUUUUCCGGGAGAAAGAUGGAUUCAAAGGACGACAAGCGAAACGAGUUGAGCUGCAGCCCAGUUUAUGUGCACAACCCUCACCUGGAUGCACUGAAGGAUGACAUCCUCUACCACUUCAGUCUCGGAACAGGAACUCACGACCUGCCAGCCAUGUUUGGGGAUGUCAAAUUUGUGUGUGUUGGGGGCAGUCCCCGGAGAAUGAAAGCAUUCACAGAGUUCAUUGCUGUUGAGCUCGGUAUGGAAGACCCCAAAUCCGACUACCCGAACAUCUGCGCUGGAACGGACCGCUAUGCCAUGUACAAAGUUGGACCUGUUCUCUCUGUCAGCCAUGGGAUGGGCAUCCCGUCUAUUGCCAUAAUGUUGCAUGAGCUAAUAAAGCUCCUCCACCAUGCACAUUGCACAGGUGUUACCAUCAUACGCAUUGGGACAUCAGGUGGAAUAGCGCUUGAGCCUGGCACUGUUGUUGUCACCAAGCAGUCAGUGGAUGGCACCUUCCUGCCCAAGUUUGAGCAGAUGAUUCUGGGGAAGACUGUGGUGCGUAAUAUUGAUCUGGACCAAAGCCUGGCCGAGGAGCUGCUGCAGUGCAGCAGAGACCUGAACCAGUUUGAGACUGUGAUAGGCAACACCAUGUGUACCAUGGACUUCUACGAAGGGCAAGCCCGUUUGGAUGGGGCUUUCUGCUCCUACACUGAGGAGGAUAAACAGGACUACCUCAUGAAAGCCAAAGAAGCAGGAGUUUGCAAUAUUGAAAUGGAGUCAUCAGUGUUUGCUGCUAUGUGCAAGCUGAGUGGUCUGUCUGCUGCUGUGGUUUGCGUGACGUUACUGGAUCGGCUGAAGGGGGAUCAGGUGAGCUGCUCUCACGAAGUUCUGCACAGUUACCAACAACGUCCUCAGAUACUGGUUGGCCACUACAUUAAACAGCAGCUGUUGGCCAAAGCAGAACAGAACUAAGUGUGACAGUGUUUUCACUGGUUUGCAAACAUACAUCCAAAUCUGAGUAUCUUCUCUUGACACUGGAAACAUGCAAUGCACUUACUGAGCUUUAAAACAAUCUUGUGUACACGUUCCAGCGCAAACAGUAGCCAAACCUUUAAAUGUGUCCAGGAUGAUCACAGCAUUUUGAAAUUGUGCACAGCCUUCCAUUCAUCUUUUGAUUGAUACCACCAUCAUAUUAAACCGCCAUGGGCUCACGUUCACGCUCGUAUUGACCUCUAAACCUUUAACUGAACUUUAAAUGUAAUAUAGAAAUCUGUGGUCAUCUUUUGUUUUACGACUUGAAGCUCUGUAUCUAUUACACUUGAAUCCCCUAAUUUAUUGAAAAUGUUCCUUGGGUCAUUAAUGCUAACAAAGUGACUAUGGCACAGCUAAAUGUGUUUCCUUGUGUCGGUAUUGGUUUUAAAAAAUCUACAAAUCUGUAACUGGAUUAUUUUUUUAGGAUUACAUUUCUGUGAUGUUUUGUAGAGGUUUCAUUCAGAACCUAAAAACUAACAAAUGUAAAUAAUUUUUGAGAAGAAGGAAAUGUCCCUGAAUGUCUUAUUUCUAAUAAAGCCUCAUACAGUCUUGA